UACAAAAAGACACCCAAAAGAGUUGUUCUUUCUUAGCACGCGCCAUGUCGAUAGCUGCCAUCAUACAGAACCCAGACUAAUGGAGAAAAGUUGGCCCCUUUUGCUCCCUGAGUUUUUAUUUCGAAUUAAUUAAAUUCUAGUUUGACGAAAGCGACGUGAAUUGCGAUGGAGCAUCGUACCAACGGAAAUGCCGACGAAGAAAUGAAAUCAAUUGAUCUGCAUCCCAUUCGGAAGGAUCCGUACCCGACUCACGCGCCCGACCCUACCCCGAACGGCGGUGCGCCGGAUCCCAAAAUUGCUUUUGACGAUGCCAAUGGUGCCAACGUGAAGGCCGUCGGAUCGCCGCGAUCGAAGCCGAAGAAGUCGGUGCGGUGGAGCGAGGAGCUUGUGACGGAGACGCCCAUUCCGAGGGAUUACGACCGCGGAUCCAGCAAUCCCUAUGUCAAUUACUCCGCCGCGCCUCCCGCUGACUCGUCUUUCAAUUUCAAAGAAACUAUGGGCACUGUGAAGGAUGUGCUGGGGAGAUGGGGGAAGAAGGUUGGAGAAGCUACGAGAAGGGCCGAGGAUUUAGCCGGAAGCACCUGGCAGCACUUGAAAACGAAUCCUAGUUUGACGGAAGCGGCCCUAGGAAGAAUUGCACAGGGGACAAAGGUUCUAGCAGAAGGUGGCUAUGAAAAAAUAUUCCGGCAGACAUUCGAGACCACCCUGGAGGAGCAACUGAGAAAUUCAUUUGCAUGUUACUUGUCAACGUCAGCCGGGCCGGUUAUGGGAGUUUUGUACGUCUCCACUGCGAAACUUGCAUUUUGUAGCGACAGCCCACUUUCCUACCAAGAAAGCGACAAGAUUGAAUGGAGCUAUUACAAGGUUAUUAUCCCAUUGCAGCAAGUAAAAGCAAUCAAGCCUUCGACAAGCCGAAGCAACAGAGCUGAAAAAUACAUCCAGAUCAUAUCAGUGGACAACCAUGAAUUUUGGCUUAUGGGGUUUCUGAAUUACAAUGGAGCUUCAGAAAGCCUCCGGCAGGCCUUACAGUCUCGCGAUGCUCUUUCUGUAUCCUCAGUGUAGUAGUAAGUAAGAUUAUUUGAUUGUUAUGCAUCCAGAUGAGAUGAGAUAAUUAUUCGUUUGCUCGAUCGAUGGCAAUUGGCGAUUGGCAUCAUCAUAUCUGUUGUAAUAUUGUAUCUAUCUAUCUAUAUAUGUAUAUGAUGUAUACACCACACCACACCACACCAUUUAAAUAACAUGAUAAUUCUUGAUUUGA